AUGGUUGGACAAACUGGGAACUCAUUAGGUAAAGCUGGUGCAUCUUUGUUUGGACGGACUGGUUCAGGUCAAUCCGCAGGCUCAUUUGGCCAGACUGGUGUAUCAUCCUUGUUUGGGCAGACUGCACAUGCCAACACGUCUCUUUUUGGAAAGACAGCACAGAAAAAAACAGUAUGUGUUUGGUCAGACAGCACAGCCUACAUUUGGACAGAGUACAUCACAGCAAGGUACUUGUUUGGCGAUCCAGUCCAGCCCACCCCUGAAACCCCCCGUAAAUCUCUUUUUGGCUCCGCAGAUCCAAGCAUGGACAGAACCAGCAUGGUUGGCACAAAUAAAGCCGUUGGGAAUGAGGCUACACUUUUACGUUCAAGUCGUAAUGCCCUGCCGACAAUAGGGUCCGUUUCCACUGUGUUGAGUGGUGCCUCACCUCAAUCUUCUGAUAAUGCUCUGAAUAGUGUGUACACCUCUUUUGAUCAACUGACGACUGUGGAGAGGGAACAGUUUGAAGCACAAACGUUUACUGUUGGUUUGAUUCCAACAAGACCUCCUCCUAAAGAACUGUGCAUGUAAAUUAAUGUCGUU